AUGCCAGAGAGUCCAGGAACAGUUGAAAUUGCUACAACGAUAGCAUUAUCCAUCCUUGUUUUGAGCAGCUUGGUUGGAAACAAUCUUGUAGUUCUGGUCUUCAUUCAUAACCGUGCAAUGCGGAGAAAACCCAUCAACCUUCUCAUUGCCAAUCUCGCUGUCUGUGAUGGGCUCUUCGCCAUUUGCCUGAUACCUCGUUUUAUUCUAAUCCAUUCUUUCGUACAUCCUAGUGGUCUCACUGGUGACUAUCUGUGCAGGUUUUUUACAGGGGGUAGCUUUUCUUGGAUUGGUGGAUUUGCGUCGGUGUUCUCUUUGGCAACAAUUUCUUGUGAAAGGUUUUACGCGGUUGUAAAGCCAUUCGUAUAUCGAAGAMAGUUUAGUAUGAAGAAAGCUGAGCUGUUCGCAAUGGCAACAUGGGCUGCUUCAAUUACAGUGAACUCCCCUUUGUUUUUUGUUUAUGCUUACGAUUCUGAUUCACGUUUGUGUGAUACAGUCUGGAAAAGUGCGAAUAGCCAGAAAGCUUACGCGAUUAUCUGGUCGGUGAUGGCUGGACCAGUGCCAUGUGGGUUCAUGGUGUAUUUCUACAUUAGGAUUAUUUAUGAAUUGUGGAAGAACAAGAAAAUUAAAGAAAUUACUCAGCAAGCGUUGUUCCGCUCAAGAAGGAAGAUCACAAAGAUCGCCAUUGCUGUGACGUUUGUCAAUUUGGUCACGUGGUUUCCUACCCUUUUUUAUGUGGCAUUUGAAGCUCUUCUCGGUGAAGAUUGGUUUGCCCCUGGAUCAGAUGUGUAUCGAAUUUUUAGAGUGAUGACAGCUUUCAAUGCAGCUUGUAACCCUUUUAUUUACGCUCUACAGAUAGUCCAGUCAAUCUGUUGCUGA